GAGUCUGUUCCCACAGUAAAGGAGAGUUGAAUCCGGAGUGAGGACACUGCUCGUUGUUGAGGAUAUCACAUCACAAACUGCAAACAUGGUUGAUAAGUUUGUUGGCACGUGGAAGAUGGUCACCAGCGAUAACUUUGAUGACUACAUGAGAGCUAUUGGUGUGGGAUUUGCGACCCGGCAGGUGGGCAAUCGGACCAAACCCAACUUGAUAGUGACCAUGGACGAGCAGGGGACUGUAUCCAUGAAGUCUCAGAGCACCUUCAAAACUACUGAAAUCAAGUUCAAGCUCAACGAGCCGUUCGAAGAGACGACCGCAGAUGACAGGAAGACCACGAGCGUGGUGUCUCUGGAAAACGGUAAACUUGUGCAGAAACAGAGCUGGGACGGCAAAGAGACGAAUAUCGAGAGGGAGAUCGCAGAUGGGAAACUGGUAGCGAAAUGCAGAAUGGGAGACGUGGUCGCAGUGAGGACGUACGUCAAGGAGGCAUGAUGGGGUCCCUUCAGCCCUCCUGUGGGACGCGUCGCAGGAUGACAGGCUCAGUUCAAUGAGCGUAAAAACCAAAAGUAACAGCGUGUUCUACUCCUUCUAUUCUUUAUCUUCACUGUGUUGCCAGAAUGAAAUUUCUGUGCCUCUGUUCUCCAACAUGAUACAUUUGGUUUCAUUUGGAAUUGUUGUGGUGAUUUGAAUAAAAAUGAGAAUUUGUCAAAAUG